CGUUUACACUAUAAUUUAGACUCUCGUCCGCGCAUUAGUAGCGUGCAUCUGUGUCAGUGUUUGAAAAUUGUUACUGCUCUCAGUCCUUGUGACGUAUUGAAUAUUCAUUAUCCAUAAACAAUAUUAGCGGCUGCACUAAUGGGAUCCGAACAAGGCAACUCCACGGGCGAGACGCCCUUAGAAUCCCCCGCCAUGAAUAUAAUCCGUCCUUCGCUCAGCCGUACACCUGGUGAUUCACGUCCAGUGGUGGUCAUGACAUGUGGCAUCGCAGGAGCUGGCAAAAGUACCUUAGCCAAGAAUAUCGUGCGCGAGCUGCCGAACUUUGUUCGACUGUCAGCAGACGGUGAAGUCUUCAAGAAGUAUGGACUCUUCGCCAUUGACUAUCCGGCCGAGAAGUACGAGGAGUAUCUGGACGAGGCGGCGGAUCUUGUUCGUAAUGAGCUAGUGAGGCUUCUCCGCGAUGAACCCGACAAGGACAUUGUGCUCGAUCUAUCCUUCUGGAACAAGGAGUAUCGCGACGAGUACAAGGCUCUGGUCGAUGCUGCAAAGGCAAGAUGGGUCCUCGUGUUCCUUGAGGCCAACAAGGAAACGCUUUGGGGGCGAAUCCAGAGCCGGCGGGCCAAGAGAGACGGUGCCGCGCUCGGGGAUGCCGAACGGAAUGGUGACUCGGCGUAUGAUAUUAGCGAGGAGGUCUUUGAGAUGUACUGGGGUGGCUUCGAGCGGCCUGAAGGCGAGGGGGAGGUUGUGGUGCAGGCAGCCUAGUGUUUGACACUGCGAGCGGUGAUUUUCUUAGUGAUUUGGCUGUCCGUAUUGUUUUUAUUCUGUUUGGCUACAAUGGUGAAAAACGAGGGCUGAAAUAUUUUAUGUUACCUUGAUAGACCAAGUCGUACCGGCCAGGGACAUCACUUGUAUUUCGUAUAGAUUGUGGAAACUGCAUGUACGUGUAGCAAAAAGAGAACAAUCUUAUUGGGAGGUAAACACCCAUAACGCCUGUAUAAAUGUCGAUGUGGCAAAUUUUAAUUACAUAUCCAGCUCCAUUCCCAUAGAAUACAUUUCCAGAAUUCGCAUAAACUUGGCAACAAAAGCCUCCAACUGGAAAACGACCUUGGUGCCCGUCUUGAUUCGGUGUUCGAAAAAGGCAGACCACAUAAUGACGUCGCCCUUGAGACCAUCAUCCACCAUGGCCAACAGCUUAAAUGUCAAGGUCUUGAGGAUGGUAGUGGCGGGGAUGCAGUGUGUAAGCAGGUCGUAGAAC